AAAAUAAUCAGCUACAUCGCUAUCCACCUUAUCCACUAUAUCACGAAAACAUUGCAAACGCCUCUUUGAUCCAAUCACAAAGCGUAGAGAUCCAAUGGACAACAACAACCAGCAACCACCACCACCACCUACCUCCGUCUACCCUCCCGCCUCCGCCGCGACCGCAAUCCCUCCUCCUCCUCCUUCCGGAUCUACACCGAUAAUCCCCGGAGGAGGAGGAGCCUCGUACCACCACCUCCUCCAGCAACAGCUUCAACAGCUACAAAUGUUCUGGAGCUACCAGCGCAAGGAGAUCGAACAGGUGAACGAUUUCAAGAACCACCAGCUCCCUCUCGCUCGCAUCAAAAAGAUCAUGAAAGCCGACGAGGACGUCCGCAUGAUCUCCGCCGAAGCGCCGAUCCUCUUCGCCAAGGCCUGCGAGCUUUUCAUCCUCGAGCUCACCAUCAGAUCUUGGCUCCACGCCGAGGAGAACAAGCGCCGUACGCUUCAGAAGAACGACAUAGCCGCCGCGAUUACCAGAACCGAUAUCUUCGAUUUCCUCGUUGACAUCGUCCCCAGGGAAGAGAUCAAGGAGGAGGAAGAGGCGGCUUUAGGGAGUAUGGUGGCGGCUCCGGCCGUGAGCGGCGUUCCUUAUUACUACCCGCCUAUGGGUCAGCCGGCUGUUCCUGGAGGUAUGAUGAUCGGAAGGCCGGCGAUGGAUCCUAGUGGUGUUUAUGCUCAGCCUCCUUCUCAGGCCUGGCAGAGCGUGUGGCAGAAUUCAGCUGCCGGUGAUGACGUGUCUUACGGAAGCGGAGGGAGUAGCGGCGGUCAUGGGAAUCUCGAUAACCAAGGUUGAGUAGCUUGGAAGAAUUUUUCAGAUGCUGCCUUGUCUGAAAACCAGAAGCUGAGCUUAAUCAUCAACCCUGCUUUUAUUUUUGCAUGUGUCUGAUUCUUAAUUAUGUAUGUUUGUGAUUUAAUGGCUUACUUGUAAGAAGAGAGACAACAACAACAACAAGAACACUCUUUUCAUUCUCUUCCCCUGUUAACUUAUAAGUUAUUGCAGCAAAACUGCAGGCUUGCUUAACUAUAUAAUCUAAAUGUGCAGAUUCUGAUU